AUGCACCGGCGUAGAUGGGUAUGCGUAGAGCACGGGAAGCAGUGGUUUUACAGCAAAGAAGACUUCGCGCACCACCUUGUUCAUUCUCACGCCAACGCCACGAGUUCCCAACAGGUCAACGUCCUCUCCGAAAUUUCCGAGCGCCAGGUCGAGGAUUCCGAAGUCUUUCCCUGCCCGUUCUGUCAAGCGCAAAAGCGCUUGAAGCAACUUGAGGCACACGUUGCAGAGCAUUUGGAGUCCAUCGCCCUUUUCGUGUUGCCAUCAGACGGCGAUAACCAAGAAGGCGAGUGUGAUGGUAAUUCUGAGGGAGUUGGAGCCGCCAAUAAUUCGUCCCAGAGCAUUUCAUCAUUCUCGUUUACUGACUCGGACCGGCGCGCAGCGACGUCAGGCGGCCAGAACACGGGAAGACUUCGAGAGACCAGCAGCAACAGCAUCGUGUACUCGGUAAUCUUCUCGCCCGAUUUGGCCCGGCUGGCGUCGGCAUCGACCGACAAGAUUAUAAAGCUAUGGGAUGCCAGCUCGGGCACGUUGCUGCAGUCGCUUGAGGGCCAUUUCGGCAGUGUCUUUGCCAUAGCCUUCUCGCCGAACGGCAAGACGUUGGCGGCAUCGACUGAUAGCACUAUCAGAGUGUGGGACGUUGGGUCGAGCGCUUUGCUACAGUUGCUUCAGGGCCAUUCCAACUACGUCAAGUCCGUGGCGUUCUCACCUGACGGCGCGCUGCUGCAGUCGCUCGAGGGCCAUUCCGGCAGUGUCAGUGCUGUAGCCUUCUCGCCGAACGGCAAGACGCUGGCGUCGGCAUCGACUGACUGCCUUGUUAAAGUAUGGGAAGUUGCAUCGGGCGUGCUGCUGCAGUCGCUCGAUAGCCAUUCCGGUAGUGUCAAUGCUAUAGCCUUCUUGCCGGACGGCAAGACGCUUAUGUCGGCAUCAACUGCCCGCACCGUUCAGACCUGGGACACCAAGAGCGGCGUCUGCCUUCGGAGAAUAGAC